AUGUCAAAUCAUGGUGCACAUUUGAUUGUUUUAACUUGGUUCGAUUAUCAUAGUUUAAUUCAUACAUGUGGAGUUGAAGAAAAGAAAAUUUUACAUAUUCCAUAUGGAAUAUCCAUACCAAAGUCUUCGAAAGAUUUCAAAUCAAUUGAAAUAUUAUCAAAAUAUAAAGAUACAGAUUUUGUAUUACUUUCAAUUAUUUCAAAUCAUCCAAAUGAAGAUUACAAACGAUUAAUUCUCAAUCUUAAAUCGAUAAUUUCAAAAAUGCCUAAUUUGUAUUUAUUAAUUAUUGUUCAAGAGUCUCUUACAAUAAAUUCAAAUCUUUCUGAAGCAGUAAAAAGUGUUCAACUUGAAGAUAAAUUAACGUGGACAAAUAAAUCUAUGUCAACAAAUGAAUUAGAUGCCCUAUAUAAACGAGCAAACGCCUAUAUUUCGCUUCUCGAUAAAACUAUAUUGACUUUUGUCACAUUAUUAAAUGCUAUGUCAUAUGGUUUACCUAUUAUCUCAACACCGAAUAUAUUUUCUCAUGAACUUUUAAACGAUGAUAAAGGUCUUAUAGUUUCAUUUGACGAUGAUAAAAUUAUAACAGAAUCAAUUAUCACAUUUCUAACAAAUAAAACACGAAUGAAAAUGUUUAGUAAGAACGGUCGUGCAUUGGUGAAAAAAUGGACUUGGAAUAAUAUCGCUAAACAAUAUACACUUCUUUUUAACAACUCUUUGAAACAUACAUUAAUCGAUGAUCCAUACAAAACGGAAAUGUAUUGGAAUAAUACUAGCACAAUGAGUUUCGAUGGUCAGAAUGUGUUCUUAUCUCUAGCCAAAGAUAAAGCUCAACCCGGUAUUUAUACAAUAUAUUCGGAUUCGUUUCUUCAAUUAAAUGGAAAACUUAACGAUAAAUAUGAAAUCGAACUUGUAGGAUUAAAAACGCUGAAUCAAUAUAUACUCGUGGAUAGAAAUCAAGGAAUCGAUGAAUUUAAUUUUAAUAAGAACAAUUUCACGUGUCUAGUUCGGAUUGAUUAUAUAAAACAAAGAAUUUUUUUUACAUCAGAGAAUAUCAAUUUGGAAAUUUUACGUUCGAACAAUGAAAUAAAAAUAUCUUUUUUAAAAAUAAAUAAAUUUACAAAUGCUUUUGGAUUGAUCAGUUCAACGAUUGAAGAAGAUAAUAACACUUUAAAAUGGUUUAUUCCUGGAUUUGAUAUUUUUUCACAUGCUUGCGAAGGACAAAGAUUAUCUAUAUCCGGAAUGGAACAUAAUGCUUUCAUUUUACCUGAAAAAAUUUUACAAUGUUCAGAAGAAAAAUCUGGAAAAAUUCAAUUAAUAAUGGAUGGUCGUUUUUUCGAUAGAAGUUCAUUUGCUUCUGUUAAUCGUAAAAUGUUCUUAUCAUUAAUUACACACAAAGAUUUACUUGUUACGAUAAGACCGAUUGAUAGAACAGUACAUCCAAAUGAAACAGCUUUAGAAACUUUAUUAGUCUAUUCAUUCUUCCUCCGAAAAUCAAUAUUAUUUCCUAAGAACAAGACAAUAAUAUUCAGAAAUAAUUGGCUGCCGAAUUUAGAGGGUGUAUCGAGAAAUGAAAUACUAGUGCACCAACAACCAUGGGAAUUUCAUGCGAUUCCCGUUCAUUGGCUACAAUAUUUUCAGGACAAAAUUGAUGAAUUAUGGGUACCAAGUGAAUAUGGAAAAAGUUCGUAUAUAGCAAAUGGCAUAGAUAAAAAUAAAAUUCAUGUAUUUCCUCAUGGUGUAUUUAUGGAAAAGUUCAAUUUGACAUUAUCACCAUUUCCAUUAAAUACGAAAAAAACUUUCAAAUUUUUAAGUAUUGGAACAACAUUACCUCGAAAAGGAUUUAAUGUAUUACUUCAGGCAUAUAAUGCUCGAUUUUCAAGUAAAGAUGAUGUUACAUUAAUAAUUCAUUCUACUAUAAAAGAUCUCAUGAAGAAAAUUAAAAAGACUCGCUUAUCUCCAGAAAUAAUUACUUUAGGUUAUCCUAUAAAUGAUAUAGAUAUGAUUCGAUUAUUCAAAAGUGUUGAUGUGUAUGUUGCUCCAUAUAGGAGUGAAGGUUUUGGAUUAUCAACACUUGAAGCUAUGGCUGCAGGAGUACCGCCAAUUGUUACAAAAUAUGGUCCUUCGUUAGAUUUUUGUCCAGAAGAAUGUGCUUAUUAUAUUGAUGCAAAAGUCACUGAAUGUUUUACAGAUCCUUGCGGAAAGAUGAAAGUAUUUGGAUUUAAAACUAAAAUGCAAGCAAUGUGGGCAGAACCAAACAUUCAAUCAUUGUCACAAAAUAUGUAUCGAGCAUAUACUGAUCGAAUAGAACUUAGAAACAAAUCUCAAAUAUGCCGAAAACAUGCAGAAUAUUAUACUUGGGAUAAAAUAGCAAACAAGAUGAUGAAAAGACUAUCUCAAAUAACUCAUUGA